UUAGGACAUGACCCCCACACCAACUCUCCGAGCCCUAGCCUUUCCAUCAACCAUUUCAUAAUUAAGAGACGUCCAUAUUUGCUAUUGGAUACCAUCGGUUACUCGAUGGAGCUUCGAAUUCUGCUAGUACUUACCUUUGCUCCUCUUCUUUUCUCCCCUACCAUUAUGGGGUACGAUCACAGAGAGGUGAAAUCCUGGUGCAGCAAAACACCAAACCCAGCACCAUGUGAAUACUUCUUAAGCCACAACCCGAAAGACGCUCCCAUCACACAAGAAUCUGAUUUUUUCAAAAUCUCCGUGCAACUAGCUUUAGAACGUGCACAGCAUGCACAAGUCAAUACCUACUCACUAGGCCCAAAAUGCAGAAGUGAGCGUGAAAAGGCAGCUUGGACAGAUUGCCUUGAGCUCUAUGAAUAUGUGAUCCACUGGCUCAACCAAACCACCAGCAGUAAAUGCUCCAAAUUUGAUGCACAAACAUGGCUCAGCACAGCCCUAACCAAUCUAGAAACGUGCCGAACUGGAUUCAUAGAGCUCGGAGUGUCAGACUAUGUUUUACGCUUGAUGUCAAAUAACGUUUCCAUGUUAAUUAGCAAUAAUCUGGCUAUUAACAACGUACCCUAUGCUGAACCAAGUUACAAAGACGGGUUCCCUACAUGGGUUAAGCCUGGAGAUCGAAAGCUCUUGCAAUCAUCUUCACCAGCUUCUCAAGCAAACAUUGUGGUGGCACAAGAUGGAUCAGGAAAUUACAAGAAGAUUAAAGAAGCAGUUGCGGCGGCAUCAAAAAGGUCAGGAUCAGGGAAUUAUAUAAUAUAUGUGAAGGCAGGGACCUAUAAAGAAAAUGUUGAGAUAGGAACGAGCUUGAAGAAUAUCAUGUUUGUGGGUGAUGGCAUUGGGAAGACUAUUGUCACAGGAAACAGAAGUGUUGGAGGAGGCAGUACAACUUUUAAAUCAGCAACCUUUGCUACUGUUGGAGACGGGUUUAUUGCACGGGACAUGACAUUUAGAAACACAGCCGGCCCGCAAAAUCAUCAGGCAGUGGCUGUGCGUUCUGGUGCAGAUCUCUCGGUAUUCUAUAGAUGUAGCUUUGAAGGAUAUCAAGACACUCUUUAUGUCCACUCCCAAAGACAAUUCUAUAGAGAAUGUGACAUAUACGGGACGGUGGACUUUAUAUUCGGCAAUGCUGCAGUCGUUUUCCAAAAUUGUAACAUCUAUGCACGCAAUCCUCCUAACAAGGCCAACACUCUUACUGCACAAGGCAGAACAGACCCCAACCAAAACACUGGAAUUUCCAUCCAUAAUUGCAGGGUUACAGCAGCUUACGAUUUAAAACCAGUCCAAAGCUCUGUCCGGACUUAUCUUGGCAGGCCAUGGGAAAAAUAUUCUAGGACCGUUUUCAUGAAAACAUUCCUUGAUAGCUUAAUCGACCCAGCUGGUUGGAUGGAAUGGAGUGGUAACUUUGCUCUUAAUACUUUAUAUUAUGGAGAGUACAUGAAUACUGGACCUGGUUCAUCCACUGCAAAUAGAGUUAAUUGGAAAGGGUAUCAUGUGAUCACCAGUGCAUCUGUGGCAUCACAAUUCACAGUCCAAAACUUCAUUUCGGGAAAUUCUUGGUUGCCAGGCACCAAUGUCCCCUUCACUCCUGGUCUUUAAUUAAAUUUUUCCAGCGGUAUUGGAUGUCACAUUGUUAUUUUAUGGGUACGAACUCACUUCCUUGUGGAACUAAAAUAAAUUCCCACUGUCCAAAACAUAAGAAAAUAAGGGGUUGGUUGUGGGAUUUUUAUUGUUGGAUUUUGUGGAAUUGUAAUUAAGUUGAAAAAUAAUGUUAAUUGAAUGGAUGAAAUUUUGAGGU